AUGUAAAUUGAUCAUAAAAUAUAUAAAUGGUUAGGAAAUCAUAAAAUAAUAGGAAUUUCAGACAAAAUAUAAGGUGUAAAUGCUAAAGGAAUAUAUGAGUUAGAUAUUAAUAUUACCAAAUAAUUAGAAAAUGGAAUAAAAAUUGCUUAAUUAUUAAAUAAAAUAAAUUAAAAUAAUCAUUCAUAUAUAGGUUAAUUAACUAUAGAUAAAUUAAAGGAUUCCGAUAAUCCCGCAAGUAGACUAUAUAAUUGGAAUUUAAUAAACGAAGCAAUGAAAAAAAUGGGUAUAAGCCUUGAUUAAGAUGUUAAAUCGUUAAUUGUAGCAGGAGAUACAUAAAUGUUAGCAGAAGUAAUAAAAGAUUUAUAUGAUUAUGAUGAUAAUUAAUUAGAAACUAUUUCUAUUCCAAACUCAGCAAAUUCUAUUUAAUCGAAUCCAAGAAGAAAACAGAAUAAAAGAAAUAAUCUUUAUGAAGCUUAAAGAAAAGAUUAAAUUCUUUCUUAAUAAUUUAAAAGUAUAGUUAUAUUUUUAAUAUAAAAUAUUAUUUAUUUACCAAUAAUUAUAGUCGAAGAUAAUUAAAAGACAGUAGAUUUAAACAAUUUAGAUGUAAAUAAAAAAUUAGAUGAAACUUCUUGCCUUUUAGAAUUUUUUUUAAUUGCUAUUUCAAAAUUUUUUAUGUUAUAACCAAAAUAAUCAGCUUCAUUAUUAGCUAAUGGAAAUAAAUAUUUUGCACAUGUAAUAAUAAAAGGUUUAAAAGGUGAUUUUAAUCCUGUUGAAGAUUUUUUUUAAGAAAUAUACGCUAAUAUAUCACGUCUUAUGAUUUUUAUAGAAAUUGAAGAAGGAAAUAUUCCUAUACUUUUAAAUACAUUAAAACCAGGAUUUUUAUCAAAAAAUGAAGAAGUAGUUAUGUGGACUUGCCGCAUAUUAAGUAAAAUAGCAUUUGAUUUGACAAAUCUUGAACUUUUAGCACCCGCAUAUAGUUGGUUUUGUUAAUAAAUGGGAGGAUUAUAUUCUUGUGUAAUGUGUUUAUAAAGACAUAAUAAUGUUUAAGACAAUUUAGUUUCGUUUAUUUUGUAAAUCUCAAGAUUUAAUUUGUUGGAAGUUUUGACAGUUUAAUUAAGAAAAAUAAUAGAAAAUAAUAGAGAAUAUAUAAAUUUUAUAAAUUAACUUUUCAGCUCUUUAUGUUAUUCAAAAUCUUGUAAAGAAGAACUUAUUAGAUUUGAGAUUAUUUAAUUUUGGACUGAUUUAUGUUUUAAUAUAAGUGAAAACGAUCCUUUAAAUAUUAAAAUUUAAGAUAGAGAAUGCUCAUUAUAGUUACUUGUUAAUAUUUGGAAACAAUUUCCUUUAUAUAUAUAAGAAGGAGAAUAUCUUUAAGAAAAAAUACUUGAAUUAUUAAAAAAAGGAACAAGGGAUAAAAACCAAAAUUUCUAAAUGGGAUGUUUAAAUAAACUUUUUGAUAUCUUAGAUUUUUUGGCUUCAGAUAGAAAUCCUUUAGCUAGUUUAAUUUAUAAAAAAUUAACAUUUUCUUUAGUAGAAAAUCAUAUGGAUAUAACUUUAAGAGAUUAUAUGCUUUAAAAUUUUACUUUAACAUUUUAAAAAUUUUAAACUAUCCCAACAGAAAUAUUAUUAGAACCUUUAAUAAAAUAAAUAUAAAUUAGUGAUAAUAAAAGCUACUUUUUUAAUAUUUGUGAUGUCGAAUUUUUUUAAAUAAGUAGUUAACAUUCUAAGCUUUCUUUGCAAAUGGGAAUUUAAUUAAUUGAUUUAUUAUUGAAAGUAUAUUUUAAUAAUUUAAUUUUUGCUUAAAGUGUGUUUAAUUCUAUCGAAAAUAUAAUACAAAGAUUCAUUAAAGAAAAUUCUUUUUAAGAAUAUUUAAUAAAAUUAAUUGUUUUAAGUCUUUCUUAACUUUUGAAUAGUUGUAAAGGCAAAAAAAAUAUUGUCAAAUUUUAAAAAGAUUAAAAAAAUAUAUUUGAUGCCAUUGAUGAAUAAAACUCAGUAUAAAUUAUUAAUGCUCAAAAAAGAGGACUUAUUAUUUAAUUAUUUAAGGUUAUAAUUUAAUAAAAAUAAUUUAGUUUAAAUUCUUAAAUAAAACCUUUAAUUGUUAAACUUUUUAUAGAUUUAAAAAAUAUAAAAAUUGAAUAUAAAGGUCUUUUAAUUCUUUUAAAUUUAUUAGAUAGUCCUGAAUCUAUUAUGCGUGAAAUCGAUUUUUAAAAUUAAUUAGAUAAUAAAGAAAAUGUAGAAAAGGGAAAUUUUUAAAGGAAUUAUAAAGAUAAAAAUUAAUAAGAAAUUGCUUUUUAUGAUAAUGAUAUUACAAAUAAAAUUUAUGAAAAUAAUAAUAAUUAACAAAACUAAUUUUAAGAAGAUAUUAUAAAUGAUGAUUAUAUAUCAAAAAAUGAUUAAAAAAGCUAUUAAAUUAAUAAAAAUGAUAAUUUAAAUUCUAAGGCUAUUAUGUAGAUUGAAUUAAUAAAAUAAUAAAGAGAAAUCUAAUUAUUGAAAAAAAAACAAGAAGAAGAAUUAAAAAAUAGAAAAAAAAUUUUUAAUAAAAGGCUGCUUAGAAGGAAAUAACAAAAAGAAAUUUUUAAUUAGGAAUAUAUAGUAAAUUAACAGAUGAAGAAAAUGGAAUUUUCGAAGAAAACACAUUACCUGUAUAAUCAAAAAUAGAUUAAAUAUAAUUAAUUAAUUUCGAAGAAGAAGAAAAUAGAGAUAAGGAAGGCUUAGGAAUUUAAUUAAAAAAAUACUACAAAGCUUUUAAAUUUUUAUUUAAAAAAUAUGCGAAUUAAACUAAUUAAUUUAAAAAUGGAGAAUUUUUUGGAUAAUUAAAAUAAAAAUUUAACUUAAUAUCAUAUUCCGAUAUAUGUAAACUUUGUAAAGAAAAUGAUUUAUAUAAAUUUGUAAAUAAAGAUGAACUUAGUUAAUUAUUAAGGCUAUUAAAUUAUUAAUUAAAAGAAAUAAGUGAUUUAAGCCCUUUAUCUUUUGAUGAUUUUAUUAAAUAUAUAAUUUAAUUGAUUUAUCUAA